CAACACUUGUUAGUUGUUACUUGUUAAGACUUUCACAUGCAUAUAUAUAAUAACUUGUUUCCUCCUCCUUCUAAACACCAUUUUCCGGCUAUUAUUUUUUAUUUUCCGGCGAGUGUGACUGCUCAUUUUUAACAACCAAGUUAUGGAGACAGGCGGGGACGGAAGGCUUGAGGUUGCGAAAAUCCUUGCCGCCGCGAAGCCUGAAAGCGUUGUUCCGAGGUUGGAAUUGACCGGAUCCGGCCAUGUUGGAAAGUUUGAAACAUUUGCUCAUUAUGUUGCAAGGCAACUUGGAUUUAGAGAUGAAAAGGAGUGUCCAAAAUUGAGUAAAUUAGCAUCAGAAUAUGCGAAAAGCUCGAAAGCUAAUUUUAAAGAUGACAUGCGUGUGUAUUUUUCGAACGAAAAAGAAGUGGAAACAUUGUGUCAAAAGCUUGAUGAAGAGCUUCAAAGAUGCAUUCUUGGGUAUUUUGCAUUUCAUUGGGGCCAGGCUUCUCUUAUGAUCAAUCAGGUGUUGAGUGAUGGAACCGAGGAGAGGAGGCUUAAAGACGUGUUCUUGAAGGGUACAAGAGAGCAAAGAUUUGAGAGGGUUACAAAGGACUUAAAAGUGACAAGGAAAAUCGCAAUAAUUCUGGAGGAAAUGAAAGUGAUAGGUGCUAACUCCCCUAAAAAUGGCGAUGGCAAUGCCGCCUUCACGGAGGUGUUGGGGCCGGUGGCUCAUAGCGACAGAAGCCCGGUGCUUCUCUUCAUGGGUGGUGGAAUGGGCGCUGGCAAGAGCACCGUGCUAAAAGAAAUCCUUAAAGACGCAUUUUGGUCGGGUGCUGCGGAAAAUGCGGUGGUGGUGGAAGCCGAUGCUUUCAAGGAGACCGAUGUGAUUUACCAAGCAUUGAACUCAAAGGGUCAUCACAAUGACAUGCUUCAAACCGCCGAAUUGGUGCAUCAAACAUCUACGGAUGCGGCUUCAUCAGUAUUAGUAACAGCGUUAAAUGAAGGGAGAGAUGUGAUCAUGGACGGGACAUUGUCAUGGGAACCAUACGUUGAACAAACAAUUGCAAUGGCGAGAACCAUUCAUAAGCAUCGUUAUCGCAUGGGCGUCGGCUACAAGGUCUCAGAAGAUGGAACCGUCACCGAAAAUUAUUGGGAAAAGGUAGAAGAUGAGGUUAAAGCAAAGAAACCUUACAGAAUUGAGUUGGUUGGAGUUGUUUGUGACCCCUUUCUUGCAGUUACAAGAGGAAUUAGGAGGGCUUUAGCAAUAAACAGAGCGGUGAGGGUUAAUUCACAAUUGAAAUCACACAAGAGAUUUGCAAAUGCAUUUCCAAAGUAUUGUGGUCUUGUUGACAAUGCAAAGCUCUAUUGCACCAAUGGUAUAGGAGUUCCUCCAACUUUAAUCGGAUUUAAAGAUGGUAGUAGCAAUCUACUUGUUGAUCCAGUUCAAAUCAAAUGCUUGGAAGCAUUAAGAGAAAUUAACGAUCAAGCGGAUUCCAUAUACGAGCUUUAUGCAGACCACAAAAUGUUAACUGAUAAUAACUCGGUGUGGAAAGUACUUGUCUUAAAGACGAACAGAAUCGAAAGUCAACGUGAUUUGAAAUUUGUGAUUGACAAAAUCGAAAAGUCAAAAGCUUAACAUGUAUUCUCGAAGCUUAAUAUGGAUUUGUCGAAUGCGUAUUUGCAAUAAUAAUGUAUUUAAGCCACUUCCUCUAA